UUAUUGAUUACACCUGAAGCUUUCAAGUUUGUAUGGCUUAAAGACCAUUUGAUAAAAAAAAAUUUGAUGAGCAAGGCUCACGUGCAAUUACUUAAAACUAAAUGAGUGAUGUUCUCAACUGCAACCCCUUUUCCCUGCUUUUAUCAGAAGCAUUAACCUGAGUACUCCCAUCAGGAAAUUAGCCAUCAGAAGAGGUUUUGUUCCAUGAUAAUAUUAUCCAGUUUCAAUUGUUUUUAACAAUGACAGGUAAAAGGGGUUUGUCGCAUGUUAAAAAAGCAAUUGCUUCUCUAACGCAGUUAUCUGAAUUGUGUACAUUGCAAUAAUCAUGUGUGAAGCCAUUAUAGUAGAAUUGCUGCAGUUGCUGUCCCCCCUCAUUAACGAAGAAAACAUUUGCCAAAUGUAUUUCUGAACAAUGGCCCUUUAAAUCUGAACAAUAUUCAGGGAUUCUUCAUGCAGGACUUGUUAAUUGGGUUUCCUUGGCAACAGUAGUCAAUGAGUUAAAUACAACAGAUGAAAUACCUCCAAUUCUCUCAGUGUAUGUGUUGGCUCCUGUUGGAGUACUGUCUACUUCCCUUGUCGGAAUAUUCCAUUUUGGAAAGGGAUGCAUAAUUGUGGGAAAUAUUUCUCCACUCUGCUAUGCUUGUGAGAACAAAUAUUCAAUAUACAAUUGAUAGUUCCGGGCAAAAGAAAGAAAUUAUACAUUGGCACUGAAUUGAAUUGAUUUAACAUACAAAUUGUGUACGAUGAACAAUGUAUCUGACCUGCUUCAUGUACCUCUUCAGGGAGCUGGUUAUGUGCUUAUAGGGAGGAGUCAUCUUAUCCUGUGUUUUGUCAUCUUAUUAAUUGUUUUCUAUGUGUGGGUUUGUUGCAGUGUUAGCUUUUGUCGAUGACUGACUGAGCACAUCAUUGUUGUGUAUCCGAUAAUAGUCAGGAAAUUCUCUAGUAAUCUUGAUGCCAGGAGCUGGCAGCCGUUCAGAGAUCAGAACCAGCCGCUACAGUAAUACUGUCACUAAUGCAAGCAGCUGUUCCCAUCUGCAGUGCAGUAUCGCAGCCCUACAGUCAGACCUCUCAGGGCUUUUCGCUAGUGGAGCUAACAAGGAGGCUGGCCCUGCUUGGAGCUUCUGUACAGGGGCAAGCCAAGGAUGGGAGGCUCCCAGUCUGUGCAGCAAGGGCAGGCAAGCAGCCUGAAUCAGGAACCUUCAGAGGCUAUGUGAGUCGUGCAUCAUUUUUUUUUUGUUUUGCUUUCAAACCUUAAUCCCCCACCUCAUUCACGAGGCCAGCACCAUCAUCAGCCAUCACAGUGUAGUUAGUCCGAGCAGCUAGCAAUGCCCCUGGCUUUUCAUCAAGCCUGUAGUAUCCUGAAAUAACAAUAUGCUAUCGCUGAAGGACAAUAUUUUGUAGCUUCAACAGCAUUAUUGUAAUUUCUGAACUGGAACUAAAAAUAAAAAUAAGAUUGCUGUAACCUAUGAAUUGUAUUUAUUAUUUGUAUGUCAGAAAUGCUGAAUGAUCUGAGGGUGAAUUAGUGAUGCUUUGGUUUUAAAAUGCUUAAUUACCAUAGUGGUAUCUCUGAGCGACCUGUCCUGUUCUUUUGUGGAGCUGCACAUUGAUGCUGGUGGAUUCUCUUAUUUGCUCUUAAAGAGAAGGGGACUCUGCCCUUCAGUGAUGCUUUAUGAAUAGGAUUAUUUAGAAUCAAGUCCCUGCUUUUCUUUAGUAAUUGCAGUGCUGACUAAAUGCUUAGCUUAACUGCACUGCAAAGCUAGAGUCAGUUGAACACACACCAAAUAGAACAUCUCAAAAGACGUUGAAUAACAUUCUUACGAUUUUCUUUUCUCUGUACAUUCACAUGUGCUAAGUUUCAAUCUACACAAAGUUAACUGAAAAUCCACAAGCUCUCUGUUUAAGAUCCUGAUGCUGCCACACAUGCAGCAGAAGCACAGCUAGAAGCAGCUGUUAGUUCAAUGGGUGACUUGAAAUCUGAAAUAAAUAUGGAAACGUCAUUGUCUUCUUCUGGGCUUUAUGUUGAGCAGGUGAUGACUGACUUUGAAUCAUGGAAACUUCUGCUGGAGUGGGUUUGUGGAAGGUACUCUUGGUAUUUGCUGCUAGAAUGUUGCAGAGUGUCCAGGAGCUCAGACUCGGAAGGAGCGUUCGAGACACCUGAAGAGACAACACCUGUCAAAGUGCCUCCGCAGGGCUCUCCCAUUGCUGCUGAGAAGGAAAGCCAAGAACAGCUGCCUUCAGUACCGUCAGAGUUGUAAUCCUGGCACGUGGACCUUGGGAAGACAGCAGUCCAGAUUAAGUGAACUCAGUUUGGAAUGCCAUGCCACUGAAAUCUAUUCGACUCCUGAUGAUGUAGUGUCUGGACUUGUUGCCAUGAUAAGCCUGCCUUCUUUCGUGUUGUAAAACCUGUACACAAUGCU